GCGAUGAGGCGCUGAGCGGCCUGGGCGGCGGCGUCAGUGGCAGUGGUAGCUUCUCGUCCUCGGGUCGCUUGUUCCCCGGGGCGCCCCCGACGGCGGCGGCCAGCAGCAUGAUGAAGAAAGACGCGCUGACGCUGAGCCUGAGCGAGCAGGUGGCAGCGGCGCUCAAACCUGCGGCCGCGCCACCCCCAGCUCCCCUACGCACCGACGGCGCCCCGGGCUCGGCGCCCCCCGACGGCCUUCUCGCCUCCCCUGACCUGGGGCUACUCAAGCUCGCCUCGCCGGAGCUCGAGCGCCUCAUCAUCCAGUCCAACGGGCUGGUCACCACCACGCCGACGAGCACGCAGUUCCUCUAUCCCAAGGUGGCGGCCAGCGAGGAGCAGGAGUUCGCCGAGGGCUUUGUCAAGGCCCUGGAGGACUUGCACAAACAGAACCAGCUGGGUGCGGGCGCGGCCUCCGCCGCCGCUGCCGCUGGGGGACCCUCGGGCACGGCUGCGGGCUCCGCACCUCCGGGAGAUCUGGCCCCGGCCGCGGCCACACCCGAGGCGCCAGUCUACGCGAACCUGAGCAGUUACGCCGGCGGCACUGGGGGCACAGGGGGUGCCGCGACGGUCGCUUUUGCCGCGGAGCCCGUUCCCUUCCCGCCGCCGCCGCCCCCGGGCUCGCUGGGGCCACCGCGCCUGGCCGCUCUCAAGGACGAGCCGCAGACGGUGCCCGACGUGCCGAGCUUCGGCGAGAGCCCGCCGCUGUCGCCCAUCGACAUGGACACGCAGGAGCGCAUUAAGGCGGAGCGCAAGCGACUACGCAACCGCAUCGCAGCCUCUAAGUGCCGAAAGCGUAAGCUGGAGCGCAUCUCGCGCCUCGAGGAGAAGGUGAAGACGCUCAAGAGCCAGAACACUGAGCUAGCGUCCACAGCAAGCCUACUGCGCGAGCAGGUGGCGCAGCUCAAGCAGAAGGUCCUCAGCCACGUCAACAGCGGCUGCCAGCUGCUGCCCCAGCACCAGGUGCCCGCGUACUGAGCCCGCACGCAAAGCGCAUGCGCGCACCCCCCCCGCGGGAGAGGCGGGCUCGCGUGGGGGGGGGCGUGGGCGCCCGGGACUCGGAGAGGGCGCGGCUCGGGGGAUCACCUUCCGCUCCCCCAACCCCCGCCGCCGCGAGGGUGCCAAGACGUGGAGAGGGCGCCAGGACGUGGAGAGGGCGCGGCCCCUGAGGACCCCUGCUAGGGUGCCCAGGACUCGGAGAGGGCGCCUCAGACUCGACAAGCUGGACCCCCUGCUCCCGGGGGGGCGAGCGCAUGACCCCCCCAUCCCCGCCCUCGUGCUGCCUCUGUUCCCCGCGCGCGGCCACCCGGUGUUGCACACGCCCGCGUGCCCCGGCCGCCCCUUUGUACAUGCUGCCCAAAGGGCUUCGGAGGGGCACAGCCUCAAGCUCUGCGUUUCCUUUUCUUUGACUUUUUUUUUUUUUUUGAAGCGAGAACAGAGUGUUCGAUUCCGCCCUAUUUAUGUUUCUACUCGGGAACAAACGUUGGUUGUGUGUGUGUGUGUUUUCCUGUGUUGGUUUUUUAAAAAAAUGGGAAGAAAAAACUCCCACCUCCCCUGUCUUCGCUCUCGCUCCCCCUUUCGAAUCUCUCCUCCCGCCCUUUUAUGUUUUUUGUUGUUUUGCUACGAGUCCACAUUCCUACUUGUAAUCCUUAGUUCGCCCGGGUUUCUGUUUUGAGUAAAGUCUCGUUACGCCACCUCG